GGAAACCAACCUUUGUUCUUUGUCCCUUUAAGAGGGCGGUUUGCCAUGGCUGAAGUCAACAGUCCGAACUUCUUAGGGCGGCGCUUGUCCCUGGAUUCCGUCGCGCUGAUGUCAUCCCCUUCGAUACCUUCGAUCCCCUCAUCCCAGGGAUCCCAGGGUAGGUAUGAUGCCUUGAGCCCCAGUGGCCCGGCGCGUGGGAUUGAGCAAACGCUGGGGAUGAUCCUGAAGCUCUUGGAGGAGCAGACUUAUGACAGAGAGGUGCUCCACACCAGGCUCCAGAGCAUGGACGAGAAGCUAAGUACUCUCGUUCCAGAGAAACCAUCGGCCUUCCGACGCAAGAUGUCGAUGAUCUCGAAGAAGGAGACCAACGCCAAGCUGGAGAAACCCGAUACACCUAGAAAUUCCAGAAAUGCGGCAGAAUUCCGGGCGGACUUCGACGCAAUAGAUCAAAAACUUGGCAUUCGAGUCAUGAAGGCAGCCAAGCGCCGCGCUGAUCAAGCAGGACCGUUGUGGCACAGAAGCCAGUCCAUCGGAGUCAUAGGCCAUACGGCGCAGGACCAGAGCCCCCGCGUGGCCAAAGCUUUCAGUCGAGCCAGCAAGACCAGCAAGGACCAGCGUGGAGGCAAAGAACUGCGUGAGAGCAACAGCAAGGAACUGAAGGACAGCAAGUCCAGCGGAGACUUCCGCGACAAAGGCAGUGAUUCUGACAGACAACGCAUUGCGAAAAAUGGCUGCCUGCCCGAGAUGCCCGACUUGAUGCUGCCAGUCAAACCUCAAUCUGCGAUGGAACUGAAACCCAUUGGCAUUUGUCCUGUGCUUCCCAGCGCCACAGAGGAAGAUCCGCCGGCCUUGAUGCCCAAGGCCGGUGGUGGUGCACACACUGCUUCGACUCAGAGCGCCAUGCAGGCCUUGUCCACUCCUUCGGACAAGCGAAAGGCGAUGUCGCGCACCAGUGGUGAAGCAUCUCUCAGUCAUUUAUUCCGUCAUCGUGAGACGGCCAUCAUGAAGCCCCCCAGCCCCCGGCUGGGCCAGGACACCAGCCAUGAAGAACAUUCCUUGGAGACGGAUACCGAGCCCACACAGGUGCUGCCAAAGCCUGUGAUAACUUCACUGCCUUUGCGCCUCUGGCUCUGCAUCUGCGACUUUGGACUUCGGAUCACUGGAUUGCUUCCACUUGCGCAAUGUCGCCAUGUGAAGGAGGAGGUGGUCGCAACCACCACGGCAACGGUGGAAGAGCAGGAACCGCAUGCGGCGCUCUUAUCGAAGGUCUACAAUAGCCUUCUGCUCUCGCUGCUGUUUCUCUUCUUGAUCCUCGCUGGACCUGGCCAGUUUUUCUGCAAGGGUGAUCUGCUUCAGGGGGAUCUGUGUUCGACAAGGUCUACCGCCACGGAUCUCGGGGUGGCGCUGGGUGCAUGGCUUGCAGUCUGGUCCUGUGGUGGCGUGUGCACCUACUUCAAGAGUGCCAGGAUGCAGCUACAGAUGAACGAACUCUUGGCCUUGGAGGUUGAGAGUAGUGGUUUUGAACGCAUUUGGAUGAUGCAAAGAGGUCGCGACUCUCUGCUGGUCUUCUUGCUGUGGAUCUGCGCCUUAAGCAGCAGGGUGGCACUGUCACUGCGAUGGUCGGGCGACAGCUUCGCAGCUCUGAAACUGUCUUUGUAUGCCAUAGCUUCGGGUUGCAUCUUGAGCGCGUGCUACCUGCAAGUCUCGAUGUGGCGCGGCAUCUCCUUGGCCAUCGUCGCGUAUGCCCGAACGGUGCUGGAAGGAAACGUGAGCUGCCGGGAAGCGCGUGCCAAGUGGCGCGAGGUCAUUAGCUGCAUGCGGCAGAUUAGUCGCAUGUACCAGCUGACUGCCGCCUCCUGUGGUCUUACGACGGUCUUCGUGUGCUUUGGCGUGUUGUAUGACUUCAAUCAGGGUAUGGCUUUAGAUGCUUUGCCAAGCUUGGUCGUGGGCUUGAGCUUGCCAGGAGCCUUGUAUGUUGCUGCAUCAGCCACUGCCCAUUGCACCCGUUUGCCUUCGCUGGUGAGCAUGUUGGAUGGAGACGAGGAGCUGGAAUCAGAGUACAUCAAUCUCGCCCUGUUCCUCUCCCUCAGCGAAUCAGGCUUCUUCAUGUGGGACACGCGAGUCACGCUGGCAGUCUUGCAGAAGUUCUUGUAUUUCACCAUGGCCAUCGUUGGUACCAUCGGCUUUCAACUAAAGGUUCUCACUUUCUAACGAAUCUGACCAACUGGCAGAGAGCCUUCUGUUGGCCAGAUGGAUGGGCUCAUUGUUUGUGCCUUACCAUGCUCACUUUGCGAUCAGGGCUCAGGCUAGACAUGGCUAGACUUUAGCCCAAGCGCUGUUGGCAAAAUUGGUUACGGGAAUAAUUCAAGUUACC